UGGUUUGCGGACCGCCAUUUUGUCGUAGAAGAAGAAGAAUCUGUGCGGAUGACAUAAGAAAAACAUAUUAAUGCAGUCGAAAUGAUUAUCAGUCUUAGUUGUUUAAGUUCGGAUAUUGAUUGAACGAACAGUACACGGAUCCUAUUGUUAUCUAUGUGCCUCUGAAUCGUAUCUGUGUCAACAAGCUAGCUAGCUAAUUUAGCUAUCCAUCAUCAAUUGAGUCUGUCACUGUCAGUCUGAUCUAGCUCGUCGAUCAUAGUUAAGAUGUGUUGCAGCUUUUGAAGAUAGUUAGUUAGUUACCUCUGUACUUUUUGUCUCAAAUAUGAACUUGUAAGUCAAUAGAAAAUGUCAGGUUAGCAUUGUAAACAACAGCAGCGAAUAACCAGUCAAACAUCACAUCAUCAUGGAGGAUGAGGAAGAUCUCGAGGUACUUGGCGAACAACUGUACGAUUUAAUUUACCCCAAGCACGCUGAGAUCGCCGGGAAACUCACAGGCAUGUUGCUGGAACUACCUGGUCCUGUCCUGACUCGGAUGCAGCAGGAUGAAGCGAUGCUGACAGAGGCCCUUGAGAAAGCCCUCAGAGCUCUGCAACUACCUCAGUGUCCCAGCAAUACAAGGAUGUCAAAGGAGGAAGAUGAAGCAUCUGCCUCUUCUGACUCGCUUGGGGAACAGCUGUUUGAGCUCGUGGACAUCUACAACACUGGCCACACACAGAAAAUCACUGGCAUGCUACUGGAGCAGCAUAAAGAAGCGGUGCUGCAUCUUCUCUCAGAACCCUCACUACUGGAGGAGCAGGUGAACCUGGCCUUGAAGACACUGCAGGAGCUGGGUGUGGAAGAGACGGAUGUGAGUGACUCAUCAGAUGCCGAUGACACUGAGAGGCUGGAAGAGAGGCUGUUUCUACUGGUGCAGGAGAUGGACGCAGUGCACUCAAAUGACAUUACAGGCAUGCUUUUGGAGAUGGACCCUGCAGCUCUCAGACAGAUGCUGAGCGACCGCACCAUGUUGGAGGGAGCCGUUCAAAAAGCACAAGCAGCGCUGGAAAGCAUUUGGAUCCAAGAGGACAAAGAAAUCACCAAAUCCAAAUGAAGUUGGCCCAAAUACUGUGACAUUUCAUCUUAAGAAAACUACUUUAUGAACACAAGAACAUUUGUGCCACUAACCCACAGGAUCAUAGCUGCCAUGAAGGGAUGUAUGUAUAUACUGCAUUCUAAGUGGCGAUUCCUGAUUUCAGAUAUUUUUCUCACUCCAACACUUGUCAGUGACUUGUUUCGGAGUGCAAUGCACUUUAGUUAAGGCCACACUCAUGAUUGGACAGGAAGGGGAAUAUGAGCCAGUGAAGUGUGCUGCGACGCCCUCACACACUUGCUGGUCCAAAAUACUUUAAUCUGUGAGAAAGUAACUACAUCUGUAGUGCCACAGUGAUGCCAACAGACUUGCACACAUUUAGAUCCACUGGUAGUUUGGGGGAUAUUUGUUUGUACUUCACUUAAAAAUUAAUUAAUUAACAUCACACAAAGAUUAGAAUAUUCCAUAUUCAGACACUUUUAGCCAACUGUUGGGAUGUACUGCAAUAAUGUGUGAAUAGGAAAUGUAUUUUGAUAUGUAGAUAAAACACAACAUGAUGAACCUUGGAUACUAAUCAGACAUAGAACAAAAUUAAACAUUCUUUCAAAGUG